AUGUCCCCCCAAUUCAAAUACCUCAACAAACUCCGCUCCUCCCGCGUCCUCAUCAUAGGAGGCUCCUCCGGCCUAGGCUACGCCGCAGCAGAGGCCUCUAUAGAACACGGCGCAACCGUGAUCCUCGUCUCCUCCAACGCAACCAAGCUCUCCGCCGCCGCAGACCGCCUCCGCUCAACCUACACCACCCUCCUCACGACCCCGGACCAAAUCACAACCCACACAAUCGACCUCUCCGACCUCGCCAACCUCCGCUCCAACCUCACCGCCCUCCUCGACAUCGCUACGCUCAACGGCGAGCACAAAAUAAACCACGUAAUCUACACCGCAGACCUCGCCCCUCCCCUGCCUCCCCUCCCGCAAACAAAGCCCGAUGACAUCCACGCCGCCUUCGCCCUCCGCGCCCACGCGCCCAUCAUCCUCGCGGGCCUGCUCAAGGAAUCCGAGAGAUACGUCCUGCACUCCCCUGACACCUCGCUCACGCUGACCAACGGCUCGAGCUCGCACCGCCCGAUGCCGGGCUGGGCCGUGGCGGACGCCGCGGCGGGGUCGAUGGAGGGUUUGGUGAGGGGCCUGGCGUGCGAUCUGGCGCCGGCGAGGGUGAAUCUGGUGUCCUCGGGCCCGGUGACGACGGAGCUGUUUCAGCAGUUGCCGGCGGAGACGGUGGAGUUGUUUCGGAGUAAGUGUCUGACGGGGAGGUUGGGACGGCCGGAGGAUGUGGUUGAGGCGUAUUUGUAUCUGAUGAAGGAUGGGUUUGUCACGGGCGCGACCAUCUUCACCGAGGGCGGCCGGAUUCUGGCCCCCUGA